UUCUCCCUGCUUCGAAGCUGCAAAGCACGUUAAUAAUUUUAUCAUUCUCUACUUUAUCAGUUUGCAUGGAAAGCUACGCUCACGAUAUGACCUCUUCUAACAUUUCCUUUUCUCUUAUAAGUACACACUCGUGGACGCAAAUUUAUACAUGAAAUUAUAUUAUUACCGAUAAGCACCAUUGUUAAGGAUUGUAAAGGAGGCGGGUAACCCUUGAAAUCGUUCGACAGAAUUUCCAUCCAGAAACUAAGAAAGAACAACCAACUCCUGACAUUUCGUAAUCAUUUUUUUCUCGUCACGGCAUCUGACAAGAUGCGCCCCGACGCAGUGCGUCGUUCCCUUUCCCGGUAAAGCCGGUCCUGGCCCAAUAUAUUACAAAAUAAAUUGAAGCUUAGCCGCAAACUUAACCAACAAAGAAUCACGUCCAUUCUAUCGCUCUGUAUAUCGAGCAAAAAAAAACCACAACGCAACGUCCACCCAACCGACUAAACUUCUCAUCGUAAGCAUCCUACAAACUUUCAUCGGGGAAAAGUAACACUUUCGAUAUUUCCAGAGGGAACGGGAGGGAGAGAAAAAAAAAUCGCCUUCAAGUCCGCUAGCCACCGAUAGAACGAAAAAAUUGUCGAUCGCGGCGAGGGUUAACGUCGACGAUACCUCUGUCGACAUAACCUCAAAACCGACUCGGUUCGACGUAGCGCCGCGGCUGAGAGUCCAGCGUUCGUUUCGUCGAAAAACACACGGUCAACGUCGCGAAAGGUUCACGUCCCAGACGACGCAAUGCCACGAAAAAAGUCAACGAAACUUGCGCAGGAGCUGGCAGGAAAGUCAAGAGCCCUCGCAGUUGACACAUGUCAAGCGUGCAGUGCGACUCGAAAAAACGUCGGGGCGGCCGACAACACGCAAUUACGAACACGGAUGUAAAGAAAAUCGACACACUCACCGCUGUGCCCGGUGUUGCUCGACGACUGGCCCAUUAUUCUCAACCCGAGGCGUUGGCAGGCACGGGAUAAAACACUCGGUGGUCGCGGCGGGCUCACGUGAAAAACCGGACGCAUGAGUGCGCGAAAGACCGACACAUUUUUCCAAAAAUACUAUCACAUCGUGUACCCGCAGUGUCGCUACGACAGAGACGGACGGCCGCUCCGAGGCGAAGAGGUGAUUGGCCCGCGAGCCGAUGCGCAUGCGCGACCCGCGGAAUUUUGAAUACGCCUCGACGUGCUCCGCGUUCCCACGGAUCCGAUUAUUUCCCAGACGUAGUCCAACGGCUUCUGCUCCGAGCCACCUCGUUUCUGACAAGGAACUCGACCAUCGCUCAACUUACGCACCGAAAAGAAUAACCAGCAGUCUACCUCCUCGCUCGAUCAACGACAGCACGCAAAAGUACCCGCCGACACCAGCCCCGUUCCCCAAGCACGAGACCAUCGCCUCGAAAUUAGAAGACACUGCUUGAUAGAAACAGCCAAGCGUUUGCUAAACACGCCUCACGCAACUACGCACCUAACGAUUCGCAACUGCGCCCACAAUUCGCGUGCACAGGGCUAGCAUUUUAUAGCUCUUGGGGAGAAUUAGAGCGCUCUAAUGGAGUCACGCGAUACCAGCCUGUUCUAGUUCCAGGGUUUCACCCUGGCCAGAGUCCCUCCGAACCUACCAGAGGACUGAGUUAGGGUUCGCCGAGUGAUCCAGUUGAUCAUCGAUCUCCCCAGAAUUCCAGAAAGGUAAAACGAGCGUAACGGCGACGAAUCAUCGCCUAGGCAACCAGUUGGCAAAACACUGGCGUCGAAGAGCCGUGGACGCGGGGGGCAGCGUCGACGAGCGUCGUCUCGAGGAACAGGCCAGUCUUCUGUAUGGAUUUGUCGCUGGUGACGGAUGACACGGUUCGAUCCACGUCCCCGAGGACGCCGAUCGUUUCAGUCGGCAUCGUUUUUUCCCGUCUGACAUGAACACGCUGGAGGAACUCGACUCGGAGCCCCGGGCGUACGACAGCUGACGGCAGCCAGACGAUCGUUUGCAUCCUGGGAAAAGCGAGCGCGGAUAAGGGGAAAGAUGGAUGUCAGGUGCGCCUGGAUCGUCUCUUUCGGGCUCGUCGUACUUCUCGUCGUAUCGCAAGGCUGGGCCAUUGACUGCUUCAAGUGCGUGUCGAUCGACGGCGACAAUAAGCCCUGCGACGACCCGUUUCACAAUAACGGAAGCCUCGCUUUCUUGGAGUCGCCGUGCAUGGGAGGACGCAAAGGCCGCGAUGGUCUCUUCCCUGCGACCGCGUGCAUCAAAAUAGCGGGCAUAUACGACGAGUCUGGAAUCUCUUUGACGGUGAGAAGCUGUGCUCUGGACAGCGGGACUUUGACGACCGACUCGGAAAUAAUAAGAAUGUCGCAUUGCGGAGGGUUCUACUUCGACGACAAAUACGUUCGAGGUUGCGUUCAAUCAUGCAACGAUGCAGACGCCUGCAACGGAUCCACGCGACAGGCAGCUUCGUUCGUGGUUUUGGUUUUGUCGCUUUUCGCAGAGUUAGUUUGAUGGAGACGCUCUACAUAUCAUGUAUCAAUUGAAAUCAUAGACAAUUAUUGUAUAUAAAAAGAGAAAACGAAGAAGACAACACCUGUAAUGGACCAUUUCGAACUUGAAACUCUAAGAUGACCAAUUAGCUGUGGACCAAAAACGAAAGAAAUAUAAUAUCAUUAAUGAGAUAACGAUAUUAAUAUCAACUAUCAAAUAAUAUCCAUAUCAACGUAGAAUAAUUAAUAGAAUGUAAGGUUGAAAUAUACAGUUUAUCUGGUCUCAAUGUGUUCGUGCAAUAAUUUUUCAAAAUAUUCAAAAUAAACAUCCAUAAAAAGAGUUUUAUUUAAACAGAGAAAUAUAAUAUCGAAUUUCAAUUGUGUCGGAGAGUUCAGCUUCACAAAUCCGAUCGUCGUUUUUACUAGCUACAACAUUCUUGGAUCGCAAAUCUGAAAACGAAAUGCAUGUAUGCACUGAGACCAAAACAUCCUGUAUAAUUAUUUCUUAAGACACGCAACAAAUAUUUAGACCAACGAACAGGCUCACGAUUUGAUACUAUUAGACAGAUUGCAAAUAGCAACGACAACAACUGCCAUCUCAAUUACGAAUACCUAUACGUUAAAAAAAUAAUCGUCGACAUUUUAUUAUACCACACGCAUCGUUUUCUUCGUAUCAAGUAUCAUAGAGAUAUAAUGAGUUACAUAUUACUGAUCUUAGGCAUCGUUUGACGACAGUGAGAUAUACGAAAUUAUCGCAGACUGUAUACCGUAUUAAAUAAACGAAAUUUUAAGGUAACUUCGCCU